AAGAGCUCACCCAGAGGACCAGAGUGAUGCACAGCUUCCCCUAGGAUUUGGCCUGCGGACCUGGGAGGACACUGAGGACAGUGCUCGGGGCAGCCACCCCACAAUCGGAAUCUUCUGCAUUUAAAGACAACGACGCAUCAUGCUGAAGAGAGGGAGGAAGGCCCACCUUUACACCAAAACCCCGGAUGGAGGUUGGGGAUGGAUGGUUGUGUUUCAUUUUUUCCUGGUAAAUAUGUUUGUGAUGGGGAUGACCAAGACUUUUGCAAUUUUCUUUGUGGUUUUUCAAGAAGAAUUUGAAGGCACCUCAGAGAAAAUUGGCUGGAUUGGAUCCAUCAUGUCAUCACUUCGUUUUUCUGCAGGUCCCCUGGUUGCCAUUAUUUGUGACAUAAUUGGAGAGAAAACUGCCUCCAUUCUUGGGGCUUUCCUUGUUGCUGGUGGAUAUCUGAUCAGCAGCCAGGCCACAGGCAUUCCCUUUCUUUGUGUGACUAUGGGACUUUUACCUGGUUUGGGUUCUGCUUUCCUGUACCAAGUAGCUGCAGUUGUAACUACCAAAUACUUCAAAAAACGAUUAGCUCUUUCUACAGCUAUUGCCCGUUCUGGGAUGGGACUGACAUUCCUGUUGGCACCUUUUACAAAAGUCCUGAUAGAUCUAUAUGACUGGACAGGUGCCCUUAUAUUAUUUGGAGCUAUCACAUUGAAUUUGGUGCCUUCUAGUAUGCUCUUAAGACCCAUCCAGAUCAAAAGUGAGAGCAAUUCCGAUAUUAAAGAUAAAGGGAGCAGUUUGUCUGCAAGUGCUUCAGAGGCAGUGUGUGGGACAGAAGCAUCAUCUUGCCAUGAGAUACAAGAGUCUACCACCUGGGACAGCACUAUGCAGAAGGCUGGACAACCCAAAACAAGGUUAACAGUCUCACAAAGUCAAAAUGAAGAGUGUAACAAUGGUCCCAACAGAAACAGAUUGCUCCUAACAACUAAGGAAGAAAGUUACAAGAAAAAGGCUAUUUCGUGGAGCUGUAAACAAAACCUCUUUGAUAUUUCUCCUUUUAAGAAUCCUUUCUUUUACAUAUUUACCUGGUCUUUUCUCCUCAGUCAGUUGGCAUAUUUCAUCCCUACCUUUCACCUGGUAGCCAGAGCCAAAACCCUGGGGAUUGACAUCAUGAAUGCCUCCUACCUCGUUUCUAUAGCUGGUAUCAUUGAGGCAAUCAGUCAGAUUAUCUCUGGAUGGGUUGCUGAUCAAAACUGGAUGAAGAAGUAUCAUUACCACAAGUCUUACCUCAUCCUCUGUGGCAUCACUAACCUGCUUGCUCCUUUAGCCACCACAUUUCCACUACUUAUGACCUAUACCAUCUUCUUUGCCAUUUUCUCUGGUGGUUACCUGGCAUUGAUACUUCCUGUACUGGUUGAUCUGUCUGGGAAUUCUAUGGUACACAGGUCUUUGGGAUUUGCCAGUUUCUUUGCUGGGAUGGCUGUCCUUGCUGGACCACCUAUAGCAGGCUGGUUAUAUGAUUAUACCCAGACAUACAGCGGCUCCUUCUACUUCUCUGGCAUAUGCUAUCUCCUCUCUUCAGUUUCCUUUUUCUUUGUGCCAUUGGCUGAGAGAUGGAAAAACAGAGUCUGACCAGAAAGAAAGAGGACUGCAAUCAAGUGAGAGCUUAACAAAAGAAAAUCUAAACUAAUAAGUCAUUGGAAACAAAAGCUUGGAAGAAAACAAUUUCCUCAUUUGUAAAAUGAAAAGCUCAACCAGACAGUUUUUAAGUUCUUUUUGCUUUAGCAUUCUGAGGAAUGUCUAAUUGGUUGUAAGAAAAGAAUAAUAGCAACUUAAAUUAAGCUGCUUGUUAGUAUUCAAUCAAAUAGGCUAACAUUUUAAUCAGCUGAAGCAGCUACCUUAGGUAUUAAAUGAAAAUCAGAAUGUACUGUAACAGUAAAUUAACCAAACUCUCAAUUGUGCCAUGGUCACUAAAAUAUGUGAAGAUGGAAAAUUGUUUUUCUUAAUUUAAAGAAGUACUAAAUACAGCCAUUGGUUGACUAGAACUCUGGAAUCUGAGUGAAUAUUAAAACCUUGUUUAGUGACUGGAAUGGUACAUACCCCCAAAAAAGUUUAUCUUUGUGUAUUGAUUAGAAGUAAUCUUUGUUUUCUUUUCAUUAUUUUGUUUCUUAAAUUUUCUAUGAUAAACAUAUAUUGCUAUGUAAUAAAAAAUAA